CUUCGUUCUUUUUUUGGUCUCUCCCUCGCGCACCAAACCAACAGCCAUAACACAAGCCACUAUAAACCAACAGCAAAAGGAGAAGGGUGAGGAGAGGAAGCACAGGUGCUCAUAGGGCCAAAGAGGUGAGAGAAAGCAACCACAAAGGCAAUCUUAACAGACACCACAUCAAACACAAGCAAAAUUGGAGGAGGAGAAGAGAGAGAGAGAGAGAGAGAGAGAGAGAUGGCAGAGAAGAUGGGGAAGAGAUGGGAGAAGGGCUCGCAGUUCUCAGUCACAUGCAACCUCUUGAGCCAGUACCUGAAGGAGAAGGGCGGCUUCGGUAGCAUUGGCCUUGACAUCGCCUCGAGGCCUCUUGACGUCCACCGACCCAAAGACAAGCACCGGAAUCCCACCACCUUGAGCUUGAUGCCUGGUGUUGAUGUGCCCCCUGAAGACGAUGAUGCCACUGACCACCAAACUGCUCCCAAAUCCAUGGAGGACUCUCUCAAGACUCCCCCAGUGAUCAAGGAGGUGGAGAAGUCGCAGCUGACGAUCUUCUACGGCGGAAAGGUGCUGGUUUUCGACGAUUUCCCGGGCGACAAGGUCAGAGAUUUGAUGCAGAUGGCGGGCAACGAGAUCGCUGCAGCUAAAAACCUCAGCUUCCCGGCGCCUCCCCCGACUUCCAUCUUGGCCUCCGCAUCCAGCUGGCAGGAGCCGCCGCCUGGCCUGCCGACCCCCGCCCAGGCUAAUGCUUCAGAUAUGCCCAUAGCCAGAAAAAACUCCCUUCAUCGGUUCCUGGAGAAGAGGAAGGAUCGGAUCAGCACCAAGGCCCCGUAUCAAGCCCAUGGAGCGCCGGCGGCGUCGCCGACCGAUGCCGAGCUCCGCCUGGGACGAGAAGAUCUGAGGCAAGAACACAGCUCCGGGAGCUUCAGAUAGCUUGAGGAGAAAGCCUUUGGUGACUCUGCUUCUCUCUUUGCUGCCUGUUGCUCCCCCUGACACAGGGUCUCAACCACAGGGAUGAUGCGGAACAUGGAUCUUGUCCUGGGAUGAAGAAUUGUGGUGUUGUUCUACAUGAUUAGAACAAGUUCUUGAGAUCUUCUUUGAUAGAAUACAGCAGUCUCCGUUCCUGUUGAUUUCUAUUGCUUUCUUUUGCUCAUACUAUGUAUGAUCAUGCUUAGGCAAUCUCAGUGUUGUUCAAAACAGAUGGUGUUGAAUUCCACUUUCUACAUUUUUUGGUUGAUA